AUGCAGGGUUGUAGGAAGGUUCUUUGUGUUGAUGGGUUUUUCUUAAAGACUAUUUUAGGAGGGCAAUUAUUAGCUGUUGUAGGUAGGGAUACAAAAGACCAAAUGUAUCCUUUGUGUUGGGCUAUGGUUGAAGGGGAAAUAAAUGACUCUUGGUUGUGGUUUUUCAAUGAAUUGAAGAAGGUGCUUGGUGAACUGAUGGCAGUGACAUUACAAUUAUAUCUGAUGCAGCUCAGGUACUUUAGGGGAGAUGAAAUGAAGAUAUUAUUCUGGAAUGAUGUAGAGGCUUACAAUGAGGAGGAAUAUGAGGAUGUAUUAAAGGAGAUGGAAAAGGUUAGUCCUAGUGUAGUUGUAUCAUUCAAGGCUUAUAACCCAAAGUGUUUUUGCAAGGCAUUUGUAAGGAAUAAUACUAAGUGUGAUGUCAUAGUGAAUAAUAUGGCAGAGACUUGCAAUGGUUAUAUACUGAACGCAAGAACAAAGUACUUGAUCUUCAUGCUUAAAGACAUUAGGACAGCUUUAAUGCAAAGAAUGGUGGAGAAUAAGGAAGAAAUGGAAAAAAGCAAAGAUGUUUUGUGCCCUAGGAUUAAAGCUAAGUUGAACAAGGAGAAACUACUAGUUGUUGAGUGUUCUAUAAUGCCAUCAACAACCAUUUUGUUCCAGGUGUCACACAAGUUAGGCACUUUGGAAGUUGAUAUUGAAGCAAGGAGUUGUACUUGCAAGAAAUGGAAUAUCACUGGUGUGCCAUAUUGCCAUGGUUGUGCUGCUAUCUUCUUCAAACAUGAGAAGCCUAAAGCUUAUGUGCAUGAGUGCUACUAG